CUCGCGGCGCCGCGUGCCUGGGCCUGCAGGUGGCACCUCCCGGGCCUCAUGGCCGCCUCGCCGCCGCUCAGCUGCGCUGGAGCCUCGGGGCCCCAGGGCUUGAGCUGCCGCCUCCUCCUGCUGCUGCUGCUGCUGCUGCCGCUGCUGAACUCGGGUUAUAAAGAAAACAAUUCCAUACCAGGUGGGGAGGGUGAGCCCCUGCGCCAGGAAAACCUCAGCUCCUGGGAGGUUUGUGGCAGACCCUGGUGGUCGGAAGAUUUGGACAUGACCCGACAUUGGCCCUGGGAGGUGAGCCUCCGGCUGGAAAAUGAACACAUAUGUGGAGGGGCCCUCAUUGAUCUCAGCUGGGUGGUGACUGCUGCCCACUGCAUCCAAGGCACCAAAGAGUACUCCGUGAUUCUCGGCACCCCCAAGCUGAAGCCCGUGGACUUCCCGAAGGGCGUCUCGAUCCCCGUGAAGGACAUCAUCAUGCACCCCAAGUACUGGGGCCGGACCUUCAUCAUGGGCGAUAUUGCCCUUCUCCAGCUUCGGACCCCGGCUAUCUUCGGCAAGUACGUGCAGCCCAUCUGCCUCCCAGAGGCCGGCUACAACCUGAAGGUUGGGACGCAGUGCUGGGAGACUGGCUGGGGCCAGGUGAAACAGCGCUUCUCAGCCAACUCCACGCUGACCCCAGAGCUGCGGGAAGCUGAGGUGUUUAUCAUGGACAACAAGAGGUGCAACCGGAUUUACCGCAAGAAGUCCCUCAUCCCCCACCUUGUCCCCCUUGUCCUGGGGAACGUGAUCUGUGCCACCAAUUAUGGAGAAAACUUGUGCUCUGGGGAUUCUGGGGGUCCGUUGGCUUGUGAAGUCGAGGGCAAGUGGAUUCUGGCUGGGGUGUUGUCCUGGGAGAAGGCUUGUGCCAAAGCGCAGAAUCCUGGCGUGUACACCCGUGUCACCAAAUACAGCAAAUGGAUCAAGCAGCAAAUAAGUAAUGGGGCUCUCUCAGGCCCCCAGACCUCUGCCUGGCUUCUACUCCUGUUCUGGCUGCUGCAGCCCCAGAUGGGCCCCUGAUCUCUCUUCUCUCUUCUCCCUGCUUUGCCUGUGCUUUAUGGGUCCAGGUUCCAGGUCAAGGUCAGACCCAGUUCCUGUGUCGGUAUUCAACAAGAGUCAAGGUGGGGAGAGUGGCCCCCGGGAGGAUGGGGCCCUGCUUUGGCCUCCCCAUGGGGAGGGAUGCGGUGGAUGACUAGGCCUUGGGUGACCAGGAAAAGGGACGUGUGGCCUAGAAGAGCUCUGGAAUUGGGGACCAGGAUAGCCGGGAUUAAAUUUGUGCAAAUGUGA